CUGGUAGCGAGCCAGGAGUGUUCGCGGGUGCGCGACGGGUCUGGAGUACAAGGAGGCAGGAAAGCGCUGGAUAGGGGGGACGAUGGCGCUGAACAAAUGACAAGUUUGAAAGUAAACUGAACCGAAUAAGCUACAGAGGAUUUACCAGCGCCCGGCACAAUGGAACGAGUAGGAGAUAACCACAACAUGCGUGCGUAGUUGAAGAAAAGCACCGGAGAAUCUCAGCGGGGAACCAAUGGCACUAGUCGAGUAGUCAGGAGAGGACAAUAGCCUACAAGUGGGACGACAAACAAGGAAAUACUCUUCAGUUAAACGUCUUCAAACUCGUUUUCUCAUGAUUACUACUGGUUUAUAAAUCAAUAACCAUAAUGAUUAAAGCCGAGGGCAAAGGAGAGAGGACUCUGAGGAGUGCUUCCCCUCAUAGAAAUGCCUACAAGUCGGAUUUCCACGCCAUUAAGUGCUCCUUUGAUGGGACAAAAUCAGACGUCGCUGCGAAGUCAUAUGCAAAUGGCUCGAGCGACACCCGGGAAGAUGCAAGGGGGAGGCCUUUUGGAAAUCGGGUAAACAAGAUAAAGAACAUUUUCUUGCAGAUGGACGGACAGCAACAAGAAAGUCAAGAGGUAAAAUCAGACGCGGCCCCGGUUUCCCCGCCAAAGCCACAGUUUGCAGUCAGCACACCCAAAACUAGCUUAGGCAAUGCCACUAGCCCGGAGUUGGUUAGCCCUAGUUUAGACAAAACUCCCAAAGGUGAAGACGUCGAAAUUGACAAAGUAGCUCUGGCAGAGAAAUUUUCUGUGACCAGGAAAAUCUUUGAGAGGGGUUUGAAAGAGCAGCCCUCCGCUGAGAAGCAGUCUACAGUUAGAGUAGUCAGCCGUGUGUCCCUGGGCAGUGUGUCGGAUGAGGGCAAGAGCGCUAGGAGAGUGUCGGGGUCCACAGAGAGCAACGUAAAAACGGAGGGGACUGCUACUUCAGUGAAGAGUCCAGAUGAGAAGAGUGAUGCGGAGGAUGUAAAGCAUGUGUCCAGGCAGUCUCUUAAUGCAGGGCCCAUCUCAAGGAGGCUGGAUAGCUACAAAGUGGACGGUGACAAGGAGGAGAUAAACAAAGCCAACGCUACAGGCAGAGAAGCUAGAUCAUGCACUUCCACCGAUCGCUCACUACCCACUUCUCCAGCAAGGGAGAGCUUUUCAAAGCCCACAUCUCCUACCAACGAGGCCACUACCAAACCCACAUCCCCCACUGGUAGUGCCGUCAACAAACCAACCUCAACAGUCACCACCAUCACUCUCAAAUCAACCUCCCCAGUUUCCAGUGCCACACACUCGCCAUUGUCCCCAGUGACAGAUGCCACUCCUAAACCUGUGUCACCAGACCAAGCCGCCCCAGGCAGCCACGGCUCCUACAAGCGCUCUUCCUCAACAGGGGACAGUAGACAGUCAGUCGGUUCUGAGGAAAUCAAACCCACCAGUCCAAACCCAAGAGAUCAAAAACAGCCUUCUACUUUAGCCAAUAGCUUUUACAGCUCCAGCAGGGCCAAAACGUCCGACGGUACCAAGAGUGACAGGAACCCGGUGCAGAGUCCCACCACGGACCAGCCACCAGGCCAGGCGUCCCUGGAGCCCCGAGGGGUGGGCAUGGUGCGGGCAGAGCUGGUGGUGGUCCAGAACGAGUCGUCGGAGAGCGAGGAGAUCGAGGAGGAGAACACGGAAGAUGACGUUUUCGAGGAGCCCGGCGUGCAGGGGCCUGCGGCGACGAGAGCCGGGCCACAGGACUCCCCCCCGGAGAGUCUGAACGGCGAGGCCGCUCGCCACCUGGCGCAGAGAGGCGAGGGCGAGGCGAAAGUCGCCGUCCCGGAGAAGGGAGAUGCAAGUAGAGUUCAGGAGGCGCACCAGCCCGGCUGUAGGGAGGAGAAGAGCGAGGAGACACGACCAGCAGUACAGACCGGGGAGACCCGAGAGGAAGAGGGCGAAGAGGAGGUAGCACAGGAGGAGGGCGAGCAGGAGAGACCCACCGAGCUGAGUCUGAAAGACUCUCCAGCGGUCUACGGGAUUGAGAAUGCAGCGUUUGUGGAUGACAGGGACAUACACCAAGCCCUCUGUGAGGAAGAGGAAGUGGAGGGGGAGGAAGAGGAGGAGCCUUGUGAAGAGUAUGAGGAAGACUAUGAGGAGGCACCCGGGCUUUCUGACGAAGAGGAGCUCGCUCCACGGAGGAAGAUCAAGUUCUCAACAGCACCCAUACGGGUGUUCAGUACCUUCUCCAACGAGGACUACGACCGCCGCAACGAUGAGGUGGACCCCGUGGCCGCGUCGGCCGAGUACGAGCUGGAGAAGAGGGUGGAGAAGAUGGACGUGUUCCCCGUGGAGAUCCAGAAGGGAGACAACGGCCUAGGCAUCAGCAUCAUUGGGAUGGGGGUAGGGGCUGACCAGGGGCUGGAGAAGCUGGGCAUUUUCGUGAAGACCAUCACCGAGGGGGGAGCAGCCGAGAGAGAUGGGAGGAUCCAGGUGAAUGACCAGAUAGUGGAGGUGGACGGGAUCAGCCUGGUCGGAGUGACCCAGCUGUUUGCUGCCACAGUCCUGAAGAACACCAAAGGCACGGUCAGAUUCCUGAUUGGCCGCGAGAGGCCGGGGACACAGAGCGAGGUCGCUCGCCUCAUCAGUGAGACGCUGGAGCAGGAGAAGAUCCAGCUGCAGCACCUGGAGGACCCCUACGAACAGUCCACGGAGGAGGAGGAGGAAGAAGGGAUACUUGGAUCCAGUUUCGGUGACGUCGGGAGGUCCGUGGAGGUGCUGGACCUGCCAGAAUCUGAGGCCUUGUUCAUGCCCACCAACAUGGACUCCUCACAGAUGGCCUUCAAGUUUAAAGAGCUCCAGCACGAAAACAACGUCGCAGCGUCUGAGAUCAACCAGCUGAAGGAGAAGCUGUUCGCCGCAGAGGAGGACCAGGCCUCCAGGGGCACCAGGGAGGCGGAGCUGGAGAGGAGGGCGGAGGAGAACGAGGAGAAGAUGGCCACCCUGGAGAAGUACUGGCUGGAGGCCCAGGCCCUGUGCAAGACCCUCAACGAGCAGCUGAGCGAGGCGCAGAGCCAGCACGAGGCGCUGGAUAAGAAGUACAACAAGGCCAAGAAGCUCCUCAAGGACUACCAGCAGAAGGAGAUUGACUUUGUGAAGAAGGAGGAGGAGCUGAAGAAAGUUCUGGAAGAGAAGGACAAGGGGUACAAGGACCAGCUUGACGCGCUGCAGCAAAGGUUAGCUCGUCUGGAGUCCCAGGGGCUGGAGGCCGGGGCCGAGGGCGGGGAGUCCGAUCCGGGGGCUGCAGAGGGCGGGAGGAGGGGCAGCCAAGGCAGCGAAGACCCAGCACAGACUCCUGACACACCAGAGGCCGACUGGAGCGAGGUGGUCCCUGAGACGGAGCGGCUGGACACCAGCGCCCACAGAGCCAGGGCACAGCUGGCACAGAUGUCUCGGCGCCAGCGGCCGUCCCGGAACAAGCUGAAGGAGAACCUGGGCGAGUCCCCCUGCCGGCCGCAGGAUCCCAAGGAGGAGGAUGAAGAGGAGGUGGAGGAGGUGGAGGGGCAGGAGUCUCCCAGGAGGAGGAGGUCCAUCCAGGAGAGCCUCUCCCUGCCUGUCCCGACCUGCUACCAUGGCAACGGCCAGAAGGAGGAGCCCCCGGUGGCCGAGGAGAGAUCCCGGAGCAAGGCGGAGCUCUCCGGCAGCCCCUCCCUGCCCCCGUCCCAGCGCCACAGCGGGGGCAGCGGGGGGGGGAGUCCCUCCCUGUCCCCCCCCACAGACGCGUCCUCGCCCCAGUCGGGCAUCCUGAGGAACGUCAAGAAGAGGGAGUCCAAGGGCAAAGGCAAGGAGCUCAAAGAUGACGGUAACGAGAGCGCAUCUGCGGGGAAGCCAAAACGACGAUUCCCUGAUUUUGGGGGCCUCAGGAAGUCUGGAGGCAAAGGGAAGAAACACGACAAGGAGGCCAUGAGAUCGUCUCUGGACAGCAGGGGGUCCCGGGGGUCUGCAGAGCUUCUGGAGGAGUCCGGGGGGAACCUGUCCCCCUCCGACUCCAUGAGCUCCAUCCCCACCUGCAUGCCCUUCUCCUGGUUCGGGGACAAGGACAGGGACAAGGACAGGGACAGGGAGCCCUCGUCCUCCAGCAGCAGUCUGCCAUACACAGCCACUGAGACCAGCAGUGAGCAGAGCCAGGACCGCAGGAACAAGACAAAUCUCUCCUGGUCCUCAUUGUUCAGUCGCUCAUUAGAUUUGAGCUUGUCAGUCAUAGAUGAUUCUAACCCUGGCAGCCCCAGUACUGACACCUCAGGGUUAGUGGCUGAGCCCAAUCUGUCUGGGCGAUCACAUACUUUAAUCUUCUCUUCCAACGAGACCUUGGACGACGAACCCGUGCCCACAGGGAAGGAGUACCAAUGGCAGAACCGCCCAGUCUCUGAUUGGACCAAUCAGCAAGUCUGUCACUGGCUGAUGGGCAUGAACAUGGACCAAUACACUCCUGAGUUCACUGCCAAGGGGGUGGAUGGCCAACAGCUCAUGCACCUGGACAGUGACAAGUUAAAGGCCCUGGGUGUGUCCAGCCAGAGCGAUCGCUCCACCAUCAAGAAGAAACUGAAGGACAUGCGCAAGGCCCAGGACAAGCUGGAGAAACAGAGGGAGAAGAGGGAGAAGGAGGCGAGGCGCAGUGGACGGCUGCCCCCCACCACAGACUCUGUUUGCUGAGACCCUGGUCCCACCCAGCCUCUGUUUGCUGAGACCCUGGUCCCACCCAGCCUCUGUCUGCUGAGACCCUGGUCCCACCCAGCCCUGUCUGCUGAGACCCUGGCCCCACCCAGCCUCGCACCCCCUGUCGCCCCAGACAGCACCCAGCCCCGCACCCCCUGUCGCCCCAGACAGCACCCAGCCUCGCACCCCCUGUCGCCCCAGACAGCACCCAGCCUCGCACCCCUUGUCGUCCCAGACAGCACCCAGCCCCGCACCCCCUGUCGCCCCAGACAGCACCCAGCCUCGCACCCUCUGUCGCCCCAGACAGCACCCAACCCCGCACCCCCUGUCGCCCCAGACAGCGCUUCUCUAGCCUGGGCCAGCUGUUUCACACAGUGCAUACAUGCCAUCCACUUCACACAAGUCAAUACGUGCGCACAAACCUUUCGUUCCUGAGUGGUGUGUCUGCUAUGGCCACAGACAUGGUGGAGCUUUGUUCUUGUGUCGGUUCAAGGUGUGAUUCAGACCACUGAAUUGUCUUUCUCUCACUAAAUAACAACUCAGCAAAUCAAUCUUGUUUAUAUGAAUUAUACUGUACUUGCUUUUAUAUACAGUAGUUUAAUAUGUUUUCCACAAUUGCAGCAACCCUUUUGACACUACAGUUGACAUAAAAUGUAUGAUGGCAUAUUAGGCAUGUGACCAAAACCAGAAGCGACCAUGUUUUUACCACUAUAAAUGCUUUUUGUCUUUAAGUUACCAAGUAGUAUGUAGGUGGAAGAUAGGAGCACAAGUGGAAUGACUUCAGUACUGCAUUUGACCUGUUUUAUACUAUUCUUUGCUCGUGUAACUUACCUGUGGCCAUGUACAGAUAUUUUCUUGCAGGAACAUUGUACAGUUGUUGAGAUAAAAGCACUAUUAUCGUUAAGCUUCAAAGGGUGACAAGGUUUUACAUGUAUAAACAGUUUUAUACAUAAAGUAUGCCUAUUAACUGCAUAACUUUUUAAAAUGGAAUUAAUGAUUAAAGUCCAUCAUUUAAUACUUUAUACUUUUUCUACUAAGUAGAAUAGCCUCUAGGAUGAGAACAUUUUUGCUAAAUGAAAGGCAAAACGAAUCAAGUAAUGACGAGGAGAAUGCUGCUGACCUGCAGUCUCCAACUGUGCCUGUGCUUUGAGAAUGGAUGAUUUACUGCUCUGUGGCCCAAUUGAACCAACAAUUUUCAUGCACUGCUGAAUGGUACCAAGAUGUUGACUGUUAUUCCACGCAGCAUGCAUUCCCCACAUGGUGGGGUGUCUGGGUUCAUGGGAAAUGAGAUGUGCCUAUGACAAAUGAACCUGUUCAACUGUUGACUUAAUCUCGUGUUUUGUGUCAGGAUGCACGCUGAGCUUCCAGUCUUAAAUAGGAUUUUUCUUUAUCCGUGCAUGAUUCAAUGUCUCAUUGAUUAAAACUGCAGGUAAGAACAAACUUGUUAGAAUUCUUCCAUGUGUUCAAUCAGAAAGUGCACGGCUGAAAUGUUCCUAUUCUUGGCACAGAAUGACAACGCAGCAUAAAUAAACAAAAACAAAU